GCGAACAUCAACCUCCAAUAUCGCCUGCAACCGCAACCGCAGCCAAUAUUUCGCCUGACCGCAUAUCCCAAACACAAUCAAUCAAUUGCUUGAACCGAAAUCUCUCACAAUGGCGCAAUCAGCACCCACCCAAAUCCGCUCCCUCUACCGCCGUCUCCUCCGCGAACUCCCCUCCACCCCCCAAACAAGCCGGACCCAGCACCAAAAGCUCUCUGCCCCAUCCGUCCUCCAAAAAACCAUACGGUCAGCUAUCGCAACACCAAAAGCGAGCUCAAGCACACACGGCCAGGUGCAGCAGGCAGAGCAAUUCGUACAAUAUGUGCAGGCGCAACGGACAUAUGCAUCGCUACUGGAGCGCUAUAAUCCUGGUAUGGGAAUGACGGAGGAAGAGAGGGUACGAUUGAGUGCGCGGAGAGUGGGUAUGAAUCUUCCGGUGGAAUUUGGGCAGGAGGGGGAGAAGGCUUGAGUGGGUUAGAUGGGGAGAGAGCGAGAAGAGGGGCUGAAUGGGACAUCUGCUUCUGGCUGGGAAAGAUAAGGAAUUUAUAGGUAUUGAUGUUGGAGAUGAUGAUAGGAGGGUCUGAAAAAAAGGACUACUUGGGGCGCAGUCAGACUCUUGUGAAGUUGGAAGCCUCUGAAAAUUACUACCCAAAGUACGAAGUCAAGAUCACAUGCGGAGAGUUGGGGAGAUCUGGUCCUAUAGACUGAAUGUAGAAUAUAUAGACAUCUAUUGGUCCAGCUAGACUGGCUC